CGUCACUGCAAUCUGUUAUCCCAUCUCCCCGCAAUGAUCAGACGAAGGCUCUCCUCAGGCCUCCUCAGGGCCGCAACCCCUUCCCGCCCCUCCCCUGCCACACCACCAGCCAGGACUCUCGCGUCCGCUGUCCUCCUCACCUCCCAGACAAAGUGGAAGACGGAGACUGUGGUCACUCUCAAGGCCGAGCUGAAGAAACGUGGCCUUUCCCAACAAGGUAACAAAGCCACUUUGGUUUCCCGUCUCGAGUCUGCAGAGACCUCAUCUCUUCUGCCGCCUGUCCCUCCAAUCCCGUCCUCGGUCCGCUCCAUUUCUUCCACUACCUCACUUUCUCGGUCUGGCAAGUUGUCUGACGCCCCAAAGACCGGGACUUCAUCCAAGGAUGCGGAGGUUGACCCCAACGUCGCACCAGGGGUCUCCGUUACUGGCCCCGGACCCCAAGUGAUCUCGCAGAGAACCUCGGCUGUGAACCCGGACACAGUUCCUCCAGAACAAGUGACUGUCGCUCCGGGGCUGCCUGAAAGUAAGGUUGGCACUGAAGGUGCUGGCGAAACUUUGGAUGUGAGGAUGCCUAGCGUCAGUGCCGACGAAGAAAUCGAUCAGGUUAUCCCCCUCAUCCCUGAUAAUUUCUCUGCUCAUUCCUAUCCGUCUUCUGCAUCUACAGACCCCAAGGUGCUCACAGUCGCGUCUGCUUCCACCCACCCCGCAGGCGGACCGGUUCAUGCUUCUCAUGACCAGUCCGAUGCCCAUUCUCUCGAAUUUGCUGUGGAAAAACUCUCGUCUUCGGUACCCUCACUCGAGUCCAUCGCCACAUCAGUGUUCUCUGCGCCUGCGGCUGCAUGGACUUCUCUAGGCUUGCAGCUUCCCAAGGUUGGCGUUCCUCAGGGUGGCUCCAGCGAAUACAAGUAUAACAGUCGUGGACUGAACCAGGAUGAGAAGAGAGGCGCUUGGAUCCUAGCCGGAGUGAUUGGUGCUGGUCUCCUCUUGGGCGGGCCGAAGAAGGACAAGACGUCGGCGGCGCAUGCAGAAUCGCAUGCCGAGACUCAAGGCAAACGAGUCGUAGGAGAUGCCAAGUGGGCACAAGCUAGUGGUGCCGGCGUCGUUGGACAUGGAGCGAGGAAGGAUUAGGAUUUUCAUCGCAUUGUCAGCCUUCCCACUUGUUGGCACUGAGAUGCAAUUAAAAGAAAUUGAACAUUUAAAGCAGUUCA